AGGCCUUAGCCGACUUAAGAGCUUUGUUUUCCUUUUCUUUAUUUUAUUUAUGAUUGGAUAAUUAUCAAUCCUUUUGAGAUUAGUAUCUAGUUACGUAGUUUAUAUAUUGAGCUUUCUUCUUUGUAAAGAUACACGUUUUAUAAUAUAUAUUUUGCAAUUGCAAUCAGAGCUUAUCAAAGCACUUAGAGGAGUACUCUAGCCUUCUUUGAUCUUGUCGAGAGUAUCAUCAUCUUCAAAGUUCCCCUUGUUUGCGUUAAGAGUAUCAACUAUAACAAGUUUCCUUCGAUUCUGCGAGUUCUCAUCGAGUUCUUGUCGAAUCCUUGUUCUCUUAGCUUUCGCUUCUCUAUCAGAGAGUCAAUAAUAAGAAAUCGAGUGUAGAAAAUCUAAUCCGCUUUCGUCAUUUUAUAAUCGAUGUUGUCUAUCUGGUUUUGGUGAUUUGUGUCAGCCGCAAAACUUAAUAACCUUUUGUGCAUAUAAAGUCUUAAAAAAAUUAAAAUGAGUUGUAAUACGUUAACUCUUCAACAACGAUGAUACAUUUAAGAGACCAAUAUUUUUAUUCGCCAUUUUACAAUCAAUAAAAAUUGUAAUGUUGCAAAAUGUUAAAAUCAUUUGAUGAACAAACAUUAGUAUAAAAAAUUCACUUCCCCGCGUGCGGGUUAUCAUUUAGUAACUAUACUAUUGUAUACUAAUUUUGGUUUAUUCGGUGUAACUGAACCAUAUACUAUGAUAUGAUGUGGGUUCUAACAAAAGAAAAUCUAUAUAGCUCGCACAUUUUUACUAAAUCCAAAUGAUCUUCUCUAACAGAAGAAAAUCUAUAUAGCUCACACAUUUUUAUCGAAUUAAACACUUAUAUUUACUCAUGAAUUUUUAAGUUGGUAUUUCAAAAACAAAUAUAAAAAUUUAGCAUGGUCUUUAAAUUAUAAAACCAAUAAAAUAGUUUUAUAUUUAUGAGUGUCUCACACGGUAUUAUUGUCAAUCUAUCCAGCUAUACUAUUUGACCAUAUCAUGCUCAUACCACAUUGUUCAUAUUGUCCAGCGUGUAUUAAACUGUUUCGGGUUUUCUCAAACUCGAGAAAGGGAAAAGAAAACGUUUGUAUCAGUACGUCUUUGGUUUUCUACUUUUUGUCCGUUACACUCAUUUAUUUUCAUUAUUUAUCAUUGUGCUAUAUAGUUGUGUAUUGAUUAAAAUGAUUAGAUUAAUAUUUAUAAAAUGGUGGAACUUGUCAAAAUCCUUAAAAUGUGCCUAUUUAAUACAUUUUCAUAAAUGUUAAUAAACAUUCCAAUAUCUUACUUCACUUGUGCCAUGUAUCAAGGCAAAAAAAUUUACAAGUUCUCCACGUCAUGUGGCAAGCUUCUACUAUAUAAGAACACUAGAGACCUCUGCCAUUAUUAGAGAAAAAAACAAACAGUUUCACAGCAAGAAUGAAUAGCAGAGCAAUCUUUCUUCUUCUCCUUCUCCUCUCUUUCCACGCAUCUGCGAUGUUGCCUGCUGGUAGAUGGAGUCCCAUCAGCAACGUUAAGGAUCCUCACGUCGUAGAGGUAGGCAAAUUUGCUGUUUCCGAGUACGACAUGGAAAGUAAGUCGGAACUUAAAUUCGUUGUGGUUGUUAGCGGUGAGUCUAAGGUAGUCGCUGGCACUAAUUACCGGCUUAUUGUGGCGGUUAAUGACGGUGUAGCCGGCCCAGGUGCGAGCAAGAACUAUGAGGCGAUUGUAUGGGAGAAACAAUGGUUAAAAUCAAUGAAUCUCACAUCCUUCAAGCCCGUCGUUUGAUGGUCAUGUCCUCUUUGUUUUCCAUGUAAUCGAUCUCAUGAAACAGCAAACAAAAAAGAUUGAAUAAACAAAAAAGAAGUGAAUGUCA